CACACAAAAGUAAACAUAUUAUUAUUGCCUGGUUUCAAGAAGCUUGCAGUAAGUUAUCCAUUUUCUACGAAAAUGAUUCCAAAAGUCAACGACUGUUGCUUGGUUUUCACAUUGAAGACUGGCUGCCUGAUCAUCGGAGCAACAUGCAUAAUCAUCGGAAUCAUCUUCGCGUCCAGUAAUCAAAUGGGUGGCGACGACAAAGGGAACUCCAGUAAGAUGGCUGGCACACUGUCUGCAGCCCUGUACAUCAUUGUCGGAGUUCUCAUUCUCGUCGGAGUUCUUCUAGAUAUGACCAUCCUCGUACAGAUAGGAGCUGUCGUGCUUCUGGUAGUGUGGAUUCUCAACUUCGUUUUUGCCCUGAUCGUCUUCCUGGACUACGGAAAAUUAUCUCAUCUCAUCAUAGAAAUCAUACUGCUCAUUUUGUUCGUGUAUUUCUUUGUCGUCUUGUGGAGUUACUCAAAUUAAGUUAUUUGAUGCUUGUUUUGUUUGAAUAAAUGGUUUUGAUA